GUGUGCUAUCCAAACAGACUAUUACCCCGUAUGAUUUCAAGUUCAGGACCAGAACUGAUUUAUAAUUCUGUUAAAAUUAUUUCUCCGAAUUCUAUCAACCUCGAAUUACCGCCUCUGAUUUUCUAGAUAACUUGCGCGCGCGCGCAUUCAGACUUGAGAGUGAUGCCCUAAAUCCCCAAAGCCCAAACAAAAGAAUCCCGAAAACCCUAGUUUCUCACAUCACAGAAACGAGAAACCUAAGUUAUUGUUCCUCGAUUUGAUCCUCAAACCCUAAAUCUAAACCACAGAAGAUGUCAUCAUCAUCAGGGCAAUCUCAAUUUCGAUACACUCAAACACCAUCAAAGGUUCUUCACCUUCGUAAUCUACCAUGGGAGUGCACAGAAGAAGAACUUGUUGAACUUUGUAAACCCUUUGGAAGGAUCGUUAAUACUAAAUGCAACGUCGGUGCUAAUCGUAAUCAAGCCUUUGUUGAAUUCGUGGAUUUGAAUCAAGCUAUUUCAAUGGUUUCAUAUUUUGCGUCGUCAUCGGAGCCGGCACAAGUUCGUGGUAAAAGUGUAUAUAUUCAGUAUUCAAAUAGACAUGAAAUUGUAAACAAUAAGAGUUCUGGUGAUAUUGCUGGGAAUGUCUUGUUGGUGACAAUCGAAGGUGUUGAAGCCGGUGAUGUUAGUAUUGAUGUUAUUCACUUGGUGUUCUCUGCUUUUGGGUAUGUGCACAAAAUCGCUACUUUUGAGAAGGCUGCUGGCUUUCAGGCACUAAUCCAAUUCACCGAUGCUGAAACUGCAGCUUCAGCACGUAAUGCAUUGGAUGGACGAAGUAUACCAAGGUACUUGCUUCCCGAACAUGUUGAUUCAUGCCACUUGCGUAUCUCGUAUUCUGCCCAUACUGACUUGAACAUCAAGUUUCAAUCCCAUCGCAGCAGAGACUACACAAAUCCGUACCUUCCUGUUAAUCCUUCUGCAAUUGAAGGAACUAUGCAGCCUGUGUUAGGUCCCGAUGGGAAGAAAUUAGAACCAGAGAGUAAUGUGCUGCUUGCUUCAAUAGAGAAUAUGCAAUAUGCGGUCACAGUAGAUGUGCUUCACACGGUAUUCUCGGCAUUUGGGACUGUUCAAAAAAUUGCUAUAUUUGAGAAGAAUGGUGGAAUGCAGGCGCUAAUUCAAUAUCCAGAUGUUGCAACCGCAUCAGUUGCCAAAGAAUCUUUGGAAGGACACUGCAUCUAUGAUGGCGGCUAUUGUAAGCUUCAUAUGUCAUACUCUCGUCAUACUGAUCUUACUGUUAAGGCACACAAUGAUAGAAGCAGAGACUACACGAUCCCAUUUUCAGCUUUGCCCCCCAUGCAACAACCUAUGCCUUCACCACCUGCUCCUGGUGGAUGGCAAAAUCCCCAAUAUGCUUCAGUGCAUGUAGGAAAUGAAUACUCUGCUGGAGCACACAUGCAACCUCCUGGUGGACAAGCAUCAUCAUGGGAUCCUAGGAUGCAGGCAAGCGGACCAAAUUAUGUCUCAGGACCAGGCACUAUUCCUGGUCAAGCAUAUGGUCCACCCCCCAACCCGCCCAAUGGCUCUGGCCCCUGCUAAUCCUAGAUGGACCGGGUUGGGGUCCAACCCCUUUGUUUCACCUGGUAUAAACCAUGGGAUUCAGCCCGCGGUGUACCUAGAAUUUCCUCUCAAUUGGUCUGCAUCUAGUGUUUUCGUUAUUCGGUGUUAGAAUUGUGAAUCGAAAUUUCUUUGAACAGAAUCGGUUUUGGUUCUAAACUAGAACUGAUCUGAGCUAAAUUUUGGUUCUAAAUUUGUGUACUUAAGCCAAGAAGAAGAGCUUUGAAAUGUUAAAGUUUUUUUUCAUUUCAAUAUAGGUUUAAAGAUGCAAGGAUUUUUAAUAUUGACUUUGCAGUGGUUUGGUUGGUUUGUCAA